AUGGGAUAUCACAAAUUAAGGUUAUCUAUGAUGCUUGUCCUUAUUAUGUCGUUCGUUUUAUUCUUUAGUAUCAGCCCUAGCGAAGAAUUAUUUCAGACGAAAGGAUUUGACAGAACGGAAAAGAAUCUAGCAGUUAAUUUGAUGAAGAUAUAUGAAGACACAAAGGUUGAAGAAACUAAUUUUUAUAAAAACUUUGAUAGAGUUCACAACAUGUUUGAGGAAAUAAAGAAGAAAAAUAACAUCAACAAUAAUUAUGAUGAGGAACAUAUAAAAAAAGAAAUAGCAUCUGAUUUAAAUCCAUCCUUAUCUGAAAGUUUUAUGGAACCACGUUUUAUGGAACCACGUUUUAUGGAACCACGUUUUAUGGAACCACGUUUUAUGGAACCACGUUUUAUGGAUUCAAGUUUUAUAGAGAUGCAAUCGAAAGGACCUGUAGAAGAAGAAACAAUAUGGAGAGCUCUAUAUGACACUCAACUAAGAAGAUCCCCACCUAUAGAAGAGGUUCAUGUUUUUGCUUCUGAGGAUGUAAAGAAAGAAUAUGAAGAAGCUAAAAUGGAUUCUUUUAUAUCUCAAAUUGAUAUGAUAAAAUCAGAGUUCGAUAAAAAUUUAAAUUAUAUGAAUACAGAAAUGUUAAGACAAGAAAAUGAAAAGAAUCUAUUGGAAUGUGCAUGUUUGUUUUAUCACUAUCUAAAACAAAUGAAUAAUAAAAGGUCAUGUAAAAAUGAACCUUUAAGAAAGGCAUAUUCAACUAAAAUACUGUGCUGA